AUGGUUCCGGCGGAGGCCCCGGCGCUGCAGCGCGCGGUGACGGCGGGCCGAUUGCGGCUGGCGCGGCUGCUGCUGGAGGGCGGCGCGUACAUCAACGAGGGCGACGCGCGGGGCCGUACGGCGCUGAUGGCCGCGUGUCGGACGCGCUACGCCGACCCCGCGGAGGGGACGCGGAUGGUUCGGUACCUCCUGCGCCGCGGAGCCGACCCCAACAUCGCCGACGCGGCCGGCAUGACGGCGCUGAUGCACGCCUGCGCCGAGCGAGCCGGGGCCGGCGUGGCCGCCGCGCUGCUGGAGCACGGAGCCGACCCCAGCGCCAGGGAUUACGGCGGCGGCUCGGCGCUGCUGUACGCGGCGCGGUGCGGGGAUCGGCAGACGCUGCAGGCGCUGCUGGACGCGUGCGAGGCGAGAGGACGCGAAGUCAUCAUCAUCACCACCGCCACGUCGCCGUCGGGCACCAAAACCACCCGGCAGUACCUGCACGCGGCCCCGCCGUCCCCGGCGUCGUCGGCGUCGUCGUCUCCCGCCCCGUGCGCGUCGCCGUCGGAAGUGGAGCUGCGCGCCGUCGCCGCGUCGCCCGCCGGCGGCGAAACGGAACGCGAGGAGCGCGUCUUCCGCUUCCCGCCCGCCGUCGCUCCGCCGUCGACGGGUGACGCCGCCGCCGCCGCCGCCGCCGCCCCGCCGCCCCGAGCCCGACGGCGGCCGCUGCAGCGCCUCAACUCGGAGCCGGGGGGGCUGCGGGCGGCGGGGAGCCCCGCGGAGGGGCUGCUGGAGGGGCUGGAGGGGCUGCGGCUGAGCGCGCGCCCGAGGCGGCACAGCGCGGAGGGCCGCGACGCCGACGGGACGGGAGCCCCCCCCGGCGACCCCCGGGUGCCCCCGCCGUCCCCGUCGCCGCCGUCGCUCCGCGGGCCCCGACGUGCGGCCGCGGCGCCGCCCCCUCCCGAAUCGCCCCCCGCUCCGCGCCGCCGCGUUCCCGGCUUGCUGCUGCGCCGCGGGUCGGGGCCGCUGCUCCUGGAGCCCCCCGGGUCGGGCAGAGCCCCCCCUCCGCCCCCGUUGCUGCCCCCUCUGCUCGGCCUCCCCCCUCCGGGACCCCCGUCGCCCAAAGGCCGCCGUCAGCUGCUGCGCCGGCACUCGGUGCAGACCGAACAGAUGUGGCACGGCGCCGACGGCGGGGGGAGACCGUGA